GGGACACUAGCUGGGAUUCUUAUUGGGCUUGCUCAGUUAAACUGCUCAGAAUUAAAGCUGAAGAGACUUUGUUACAGACAUGGUUUAUUAGGUGUGGAUAAAUUAUUCUCCUAUGCCAUCAGUGAAUGGCUUAAUGAUAUAAAGAAAAACCAGCUACCAGGAAUUCUGGGAGGCGUAGGGCCUAUGCAUUCGCUAGUGCAGUUGGUCCAAGGUCUGAAAGACUUGGUGUGGUUACCAAUAGAGCAGUACCGAAAGGAUGGCCGUAUUGUAAGAGGCUUUCAAAGAGGAGCAGCUUCUUUUGGUACUUCCACUGCAAUGGCAGCACUGGAGCUAACAAACAGAAUGGUUCAGACUAUACAGGCAGCUGCAGAAACUGCGUAUGACAUGGUAUCACCAGGGCCUACAUUUAUUGAAGCAAAAAAGAUCAAACGAUUCCCUCGCCAUCGUUUAGCUCAUCAGCCAGUAGACCUACGGGAAGGUGUAGCCAAAGCAUACAGUGUAGUAAAAGAGGGGAUUGCGGACACAGCCCAAACAAUCUAUGAGACUGCUGCUCGUGAGCAUGAAAACAGAGGAGUAACCGGAGCAGUAGGAGGAGUCCUCCGCCAGAUUCCACCAACUGUGGUGAAGCCUUUCAUUGUUGCAACAGAGGCAACCUCAAAUGUUCUAGGUGGAAUGAGAAACCAGAUCAGGCCAGAUGUGCGUCAAGAAGAGUCUCAGAAGUGGCGCCUUGGGGAGGAUUAAGAUUAUAAAUCUGGCUCAGCAGGCAGGUAGCAAGGCUGGAAAUGCAGCAGAUUGUCCUGUUGACAGCUUUAGGUGGAGCUCGCUUUGUUUUGUCAUGCUGAUCUCAGGAACAAAUGAGAUUUUCAACUAUUAUUAGCAAAACAUUCAACCAAAAAUAUUUAUGAAAUGAAAAACAAAUUGGUACUUGCUUAUACUGUGUGUUACCAAUACUUUUGGUAGAUAGUGCCAAACAUAGCAAAGCAUGCGCUGCCAUCUCAGAGGCAUGCUUGCUCUAUUCCGUUUACCAUAUUUUUCUUGGUAGAUUUAACUUCUGAAGCAGUAGUCUGCAUGGUGAAACUAAGCAUAGUUUAAAGAUGUUUUCUGAGCAUAGUCAAAGAAGUGUCUUCAAUAAAGGGCUUUGCAGAUGCUCUUCACUGACUAAAGGAUAAAAGCUUUCAUUUCGGGCGUGAGACAUAAUGGCUGUUUAAUAUGGAAGCGGAUAAGAUAAUAUCGUUUAGUGGUCAUAAGCGUCGCUUUUAGCGUGGCACUUACAGCAAAGGGCAAGCUUGAUAACCAUUCAGAAUUUAGAUUCAGUGUUGAUACACCUAUGAACAGGAUUUGUUCCUAAAUAUUAAAUACCUACUUUUGUGGGUCUUUGAAGAACCUGAAUGUUGCAGAAAUGUUCUGUUGUGUUGCACUUUAAACGAUAUGGCCUGUAUAUUGUGCUUUUUUUAUAGUGUGAAUAAAAUGUAAUGUGCGUUA